CGGGCGCUUAACGACCUCUUCCGGGUUCACGUUGACUCCAAGCAGGUUGGAGAUGAAUUGAUGAAGGCUUAACUUUUUGCUCGUAACUGCGUUCCUUUGUUGACGGAUGUCGUUUACCGUGCGCCGUUAGGAUUUAGGAGCGUCGCCGAGUGUUUUGUGCUGUUUGCCGGUUCAACCUCUCUCCCGCCCGCCUCGUUAGCUAAACAUGUCUGCGGAGGAAGCGGACAAAACAACCACCACUGAUGCCAGCGCUGGAGACGAGGAGGAGGAAUGGCUGUAUGGGGAUGAGUCUGAGACUAAAGACGACGAUGAGGAAGCCAAACUCAACGCUGCAGUCAGUGCACCUGUUGAUGCUUCCACAGAGGAUGUGGCUGAACAUGCUACAGGGAAUGGAGUAGCCUCUGAGGCUACAGGUGAAGCCACAGGUGAAGAUGCGGACAGUGACAGCGAUAGUGACGAUGAUGAUGAUGAUGUCCGUGUCACUAUUGGGGACAUAAAGACUGGGGCACCACAGUACACACCUUAUGGUGCUCCUCCUGUAAAUCUCAAUAUAAAGACAACAGGCUCCAGACCUUAUGGACAAGUGGCCACAAAGAUGAAGGGAGUGGACCUGGAGGCUUCUGGAAACAUUAAUGGAGUUCCAGUUCUGGAGGUGGACAUGGAAUCCUUUGAAGAGAAACCCUGGAGGAAGCCAGGAGCGGAUCUGUCCGAUUACUUUAACUACGGCUUCAAUGAAGAUACAUGGAAGGCCUAUUGUGAAAAACAGAAGAGACUACGUAUGGGUCUGGAGGUCUCAGUUGGCUCAGUGACGAGCAAGAUCACUGUUCAGCAAGGCAGGACAGGUAACGAGAAGGACAUUUCCAGUUUGCCUAUACACACUUCAAAACCAGACUUCACGUCCCCCGUCAGCAUGUACAAGUCUGCUGUCAGUCAAGUCACAAGGAUCUCUCCCCCUCAGUGGACUGGCCCACCUGCUCAGGACAUGUCCUAUUAUACGAAGACGAGCGGUACCAUAGAUGUCAUCGGUGGGCAGACGGCCACCAUCAGCAGAGUUGAAGGGCGACGCAGGCACAACCUGGAUGGCAACAAUAUCCAGGUGAUCUCUGAACACUCCACAUCAGAGGCCGAACCUGCAGCGGCAAAGAUUCCCACAUUCUUCCCCCCUGGCUCACUUCCUCCAAACAUCCCCCCACCGCCGUUCCUCCCUCCUCCACCAAACGUCAGUGCUGCACCUCCACUCAUCCCUCCACCUCGGUUGCCCAUUACUGUCCCUCCUCCUGGUUUUCCUCCUCCACCUAGUGGGCCUCCUCCUGCUAUGAUCCCCACUCUAGACAGUGGCCACCCUGGAGGUUAUGAUGGACGCUCUGUCCCGCCGUACCCAUUCCCUCAAGGUGCGUUCCCUCCACCCAUGGCUGGAGGUGUUCCUCCUCCUUGGCCCCCAAUGAUGGACAACUCUAAACAGUGGGACUACUAUUCUCGCCGAGACGACAAGAGAGACAAAGACAGAGAGAGACCCAGAGAAAGGACACACGAGCGGGAGAGAGACAGGGAGCACAGUCCAUCAGCCAUGAGCUACACCAGCGACGAGGAGCGGUAUCGUUACCGUGAGUACCAGGAGCGUGGUUACGGAGAGCGCCAUCGCGAUCGGUCAAGCAGAGAGAAGGAGGAAAGGCACAGAGAGAGGCGGCAUCGAGAGAAAGAGGAGGGGCGCCACAAGUCUUCUCGCAGCAGUAGUAGCAGAAGGAGACAUGACAGCGAGGAGGGAGACAGCCACCGGAGGCACAAACACAAGAAGAGCAAGAGGAGCAAAGAGGGGAAGGAGGCCAGCGAGGAGAUGGGUGCAGACCAAGAGAACCAGGAGGCCAUGGAGUAGAGAGCGCCACCUACUAUUGCUUGUCUGUCUGUCUGUCUGACUCCUGGAGAUAACUGCAGAACGUCACAGUGUGACUGAUGUGUCCCGUCACUUCUUUCCCCAUCAGUCUCCGGCUUCCUCUAUCCCCCUGUCGUUAAUCCUCAACAACAGUAGACAGUAAAUGGAUGGAACAGAAGAGGUGACAGAGGAGGGAUAAUCCUCCUCCUACUCCAUCACCACCCGACAUUGGGCAGAGCAGGAGUCUGUCUUUUAUGGCCUCUUGACCCUUCUCACUUCUCUGUUUAGGUUUUGCUCAGAUAUUUCUCUGUAAAAUCAGGACCAUCAGUGGAAUUUGCUUUUUUGUCAUCUGUUUGUUGUCCUUUUGUUCUUGUCCUGUAGAGAAAAAAAUCUGUCAGUUUAAGUUCAAUUAAAAACACCUUUGAUAAAAA